UAGUAUUUAAGAAGUCUCUUAUCUUGGCAGGUAGCACUUUUUAUGCCUGGUUUUUCCUAAAGCUGAGAUGGCAUCCCAGGCAAAGGGCCUUCUUUCUGAAGAAUGCAGGGAUGCUCUUAAUCAAGUAGCAUCUUACGAGCUGCAUGUCAGUGAUGCUUAUUUAUCUAUGGCCUGUUAUUACAUUGAAGAUCCAGAAGCGCCUACUUUUCAUACAUUCUUCCAAGACCAAGCUGAUGUGAAGAGGGAGCAUGCAAAGCAGUUCAUAAAAUAUCUAAGAAAAUAUAAGUGUAAAAUCUGCCUUCCGGUGAUUAAGCAGAGGCCUGAUAUAGAUAACUGGGGAACUGGUAAACAAGCUCUACUGUCUGCUCUGCAGUUGGAGAAUGAGUUAAACAAGCUCCUGCAAGACCUGAAGGCCUCAGCUUCUAGGAAUAGAGAAACCAAUCUCUUACGCUUCAUGAAAAAGUUCCUGGAUGAACAGACCAGGAACAUAAGCUAUCUGGAAUACCAGCUUAACUAUCAGAAGGAGUUGGAAAUGUCAACCCAGAGUGAAGGACAGCCUGAAAAUGCCGCUGGAACAUCUGCAGCAGCAGGUCAAGAGACAGAAUCUGCAGGCAACUCUCCAAGUCCUCCUGCCCAGAAGGUCCCAAAGUCAGCUCCUUAAGAAUCCUGAUCUCCAUUUGACAGAAGUAUGCUUCUCUUUUCAUCUCAGAUCCUAAUCCUCCUGUUGUACAUGCAAAUAAAUGUGUUUUGCAUUAUGA